CAGGCAUGACGUCGUCGCGCUGGUUUCCGGAUCCCGACCGAAGAUCAGAGGGCUGGUUCCUCACAGGCAGCGCAGCACCGCUGAUGGCACUGCUAGCAGUCUACGUGUACACCGUCAAGGUACUGGGGCCACGGGCCAUGAAGGGCCGAAUGCCGUUGCACAUCAAGCCACUGGUGCUAGCGUACAACCUGUUCAUGGUGCUCAACUGUGCCUUCUUCCUAGCCGAGUUCGUGCGGCUAGCGUUUAUCGAGAACGGCUACAGCUUGUUGCUGCAGGAGGUCGACUCGUCUCUGCGGCCAGCCACCAUGCGGCUCGUGAGCCUCUCGUGGUGGUACUACAUGUUUCGCAUCUUUGAGUUCACGGAGACCAUCUUCUUUGUACUGCGCAAGAAGUUUGGACAGGUGAGCGGUCUGCACGUGGUCCACCACUGCGUAAUCGCAUGGAACAUGUGGAUCUGCGUGACGUACGGGGCCCAGGCGCAGACCAUCUUCGUGACGUGCAUGAACACACUGGUGCACUUGGUCAUGUACUCCUACUACUUCCUCGCUGCACUUGGUCCGCGUGCCCAGCGGUUUCUCUGGUGGAAGCGGUAUCUCACGCAGACGUUCCUGCUUCAGGUGUCGGUUUCUGUAGAGGCACGGGACUGA